AACUACAUAGUGCUUCUUUAUAUCCACAGCGCCACGGUAACAACAUGUACUAAAAGCUGUCAGUGGUGGUAAAAGAUAAACAACAAAUUGUGCGAAAUGUGCAGGGAGAAAUGUGCUGAAAUAUUCCAUGAGGUGUAGUAGAUAAUCCUAAGAGUGAAAGUAUACUGAUAGUUUGGUGGUUAAACUGUUCAGAAAUUCGGCAAGACAAUGAAAAUGCCUUGCUGGUACUAUGAGAAGAAGGAUCUGAGAAAUACACCCUCAGUGAAGGAGGGUAUCGAUUUUGACACAGAAAGACGCUACCGGAAAGAGGGGGCGCGCUUUAUUAUGGAAUGUGGUACUGCCAUGGGUCUGGGGCACAAUACCAUGGCCACGGGGAUUGUAUAUUUUCACCGGUUCUACAUGUUUCACUCCUUUCGCACCUUUCCGCGCUACGUCACAGCAUGUUGCUGUCUUCUGCUGGCUGGGAAAGUGGAGGAGACUCCUAAGAAAGUCAAAGACAUCAUCAAGACAGCCAAGGGACUUCUGUCGGAACAGAAGUUUUUGUCAUUUGGAGACGAUCCCAAGGAGGAAGUCAUGACCCUGGAGAGAAUCCUCCUGCAGACAAUCAAAUUUGACCUGCAGGUUGAUCAUCCGUAUGGAUUUCUCGUCAAGUAUGCCAAGUGCUUCAAGGGGGACAGUACCAAAUUGCAGAAGAUGGUCCAGAUGGCGUGGAAUUUUGUCAAUGACUCCCUCAGCACCACGGUUUGCCUUCAGUGGGAGCCCGAAAUCAUUGCAGUGGCUCUGAUUCACCUGGCUAGCAAACUCAGCAAAUUCACCGUAACAGAUUGGACAGGAAAGCAGCCAAAUCAUCUGAGAUGGUGGGAUAUGUUUGUAGCGGACGUUACGAUGGAAAUCCUAGAAGAUAUCUGCCAUCAAGUGCUAGAUCUGUAUCAGCAGGCCAACAAUAAUGCCCCAACACCAGAUAGUCCUCCACAGUUGCCACCUAGCAAGGCAAGUCCACCCAUGAAGCGUGCCCAUCUCGCGUCACCGGCCACCAAGCCCGAACCAACAUUAGUGACGCCAGUGAAGAUGGGAGAUGACAAACUGGAUAGCGGAGCACCAAUUCCCAAAAUAAUCUCUACGGACAAUUUGCACUAUCCCUAUUCUGCUCCAUAUCCACCCAUGUACUCCCAUCCUCCGCCAUAUGGAUCUACAGCACCUCCACUGCCUGGUGCCAUCCCUUCCGCCUCUUCCACUUACCCCCCUUCCCUGUUCCAACAGUCAUCGUCAGCUGUUCCGCAGCACUACACCCCAUCUGCCCUGCCACUGGGACAUCCGCCGGCUCAUGCCUCUACCUACUACCAAGGUCCACCUGGACGGCAACCCUACUACCCUCCACCAACGUAGCCCGUAGCAGCCCAUGGAGCCAAAACGGUUCCGUGCAAUAAAACAUGGGAGGGAACGGAGAGAAAAAGAAAACUUCCCAGGGAAGAAAGUGUUUACCCGGCGAAGCAUGUUGUAGAAAAUAAAUAGGAGUGAAAUACUAAAAGGCAAUUGAUGUCAGUUAUCUUACGGCAAGAUAUCACAUGACUUAUUUUAUAAUUCAACCAACAGUUGUAAGAAAUACACGAUAUUAAAAAAAAAAAUAAACAAAACAAA